GACUGACUCUGAACUGCGGGUUGCUCAUUUCAUCCGCUGGUCAUUAAAGUCGUCCGUGUUCAUUUCACGAAUUGUUGAAAUUGCUGGUCACUAUUCCAGUAGGUUCCGGUGUGACGUCAGCCGAGCAAGAUGCGGCUACCUAUGUUUAUAACGUUUGUCCUAUUUCUGAACAAAGUACACGGUUUGACGGACUUUGAACUUCAUCAGUUCCGAUCAAAUGCAACUGUAGAAUUCAACACCAACGAGACUGGCAACAUCACCAUAGCAACAGAAACUGUCGGCUCUCAAAAUUAUUACGUCAUCGUUAGCAACGGAAUCCCCGACCACCAAAUUGGGGUUUUCCCACAGCAGCCAAACUUUCCUUACGCUCUUCAACCCCAGACAUACGAAAUGCGAAUUCCACAAUAUCCACAGGUCGCUGUUUUACCUGGCUGUCUCCCAGAUGGUCCCGUUGCUAUGGCAAUUAAUGGCGUGCCCAUGUACAGUCCAUUUGAUAGCACUGGGCGAGAGGCAGUAACUGGGCAGUGGCGACAAGAGGUCGACUUGUGUAAGGGCCGUGUCGAUUUCCAGGGAAGGUAUUUUUAUCGUACCUACCCAGAAUGCAUCCCUGGGCUAAAUGAGAGUGAAAUAAUUGGCGUGGCCCUUGACGGGUUUGCCAUCUACGGUAAUAUUGACGAGAUGGGAAAUGUCUUGACAUCCGUCGACCUCGAUGAGUGUCACGGUCGAAUAAACAGCGAGGGGGUAUACCAGUAUCACGUGACCGAUGACUACCCCUAUAUUAUGGGAUGUCUGAAAGGCACUUCUCUCUCUUCAAGCGGUAUGGAUAGUUCAAGCAAUUGUUAUCUCGCCUUGAACGUGAAGAUGGCUAACUUCACAUCAGUGUGGUCACAGUUUUCCUCCACGCAGGUUGGAAUUUCUACACAAUUUGAAUGGUCUACCGGUGUAUAUGGCCAGUGUUCUGUGUCAUGUGGUACAGGUACAAGGUCACGUGACGUGAGGUGCACAAACUUGGAAACUGGCAACGAAGUGGAAGCCAACUAUUGUGGUAUUUGGAAAUUUCCAGAUUCGGUGGAAAUCUGUGUUUUAUCCAAUGCGUGCCCAACAACUACAAACACAUACACGUACAGUGUUGGGGCAUGGAGUUUGUGUACUGCGACUUGUGGCAACGCCAUGAGAUACCGAUCAGUGACUUGCCUCGAUACCAACAACGUAGCAGUGAGCUACGACUCGUGUACCUCUGCUGGUCUUGUCACACCAACCACAUCAGAGCCCUGUGUUCUAUCAGAAUGUCCGACAUCCACUUAUUCCUACUUUUCAACCAGCUUUGGACAGUGUUCGGUAUCUUGUGGUACCGGUGUUCGAACCCGUCUCGUGCUGUGCUACGACUCGUCUACUCGAACACAAGUCGAUGUCUCGAACUGCGUGAAUAGUGGACUCGGCGAGAGGGCUGUGACAGAAGUCUGCGUUCUGCAGGAUUGCGUCACAGUCGCCUAUAGUUACGUCACUGGGUCUUGGAGUACUUGUCUUGCUACUUGUGGAACUACCGUGACAAGAUCGAGAACCGCGCAGUGUACUAGUGCGACUGGUAACUCUGUCGACGACAGUCUGUGUCAAAACUCAAGUGUAGUGAAACCCGAAACUAUUCAGUCAUGUGGACUGUCGGCUUGUCCAUCCGUGGCGUAUACGUAUAAUGUCAAUCAAUGGGGAUCGUGCUCUGCAAGUUGCGGUUCAUCAAUUAGAUCCAGGUCAGUGACAUGUACAUCUUCAUCCGGUUUCAUCGUAGAUAACAGUCUAUGUGCCGGUAUUGAACUGCCGGCUUCAGUCGAAACGUGUAACGUACCUGAGUGUUUGCAGUACUCUGCGGGUGCAUGGGGUGACUGUUCGGCAACAUGUGGAACAUCCAUCAGAAUACGAUCUGUGACUUGCGUUGAGUCGGCUAGCCAGGACGUGGUUAACGAUGCAUUCUGCGCUUCUAGGAGCCUGACCAAACCAAACACACAAGAAACGUGUAGCGUUCCCGUCUGUGUGCAAAGCUAUUUUUUCGACACAACUUCCUGGGGAACGUGUACAGCAACAUGUGGUACCUCCUACCGAUUUCGCACGGUCACCUGCGUCGCGUCCACCAACGGUUUCACUGUUGCAGAUGACUUGUGUCUAGGGAAUGGUCUUCAGAAACCUACAACGACGGAAGAAUGCUUCACACCGCCUUGUGUUGAGUAUAUCGUGGGAGAAUGGACAGACUGUUUCACAACCUGUGGCACAGCAUUCCGUACGAGGACACUAACAUGUGUGACUGUCGGGACGACCAUUGCGUUAGCACAGUCACAGUGCCAGUCAGCUGGUCUCGAGUACCCUUCCACUGUUGAAUCUUGUUCAUUGCCCGCCUGUUAUUCUUAUUACACUGGGGCGUGGGGAGAGUGUUCUGCCACAUGUGGUUCUGCAAUCCGAACAAGAAGUGUGUAUUGUGCUGCAAGUGGAAGCACUAGCCAAGUUGACACGAACAACUGUAUUGGCGCCGGACUUGAAGUUCCCACAGCAACUGACAUUUGUGUCGUACCUGCAUGUCAAGUGUAUGCCUUUACUGUCGGCGAAUGGAGUUCCUGUUCUUCUACUUGCGGAAGCUCUUAUCGCACAAGAAGUGUGACGUGUGUCGAUCAAUCCAGUGAUGUCACUGUGUCAGAUUCGUUGUGUUCCACCCUCGGCGUGUCCAAACCAUCGACGCAAGAAGAUUGCGCUGUCCAACAAUGCACCACGUUCAUCUUUACUGUGGGCGACUGGGGAGAGUGUUCCGCAUCAUGUGAUCAAGCAUACAGGAUCCGAUCAGUGAGCUGCAUCGUGGUCGGUACUAAUACAACUGUUUUAACGUCGGAAUGUACAAAUGCCGGUCUACAGCAGCCGACCUUUUUCGAAAUGUGCGAUGUCCCUGCAUGUUCUUUUAUCUACUACGUCGGCGUAUGGAGCGAGUGUUCUGCUACAUGUGGUUCUUCGUUCCGAAACAGAGAUGUGUAUUGUACACACUCGGGUACUACCGAGAACGUUGCCGACAGCGUCUGUCAAAAUCUUGGUCAAACUCUCCCAUCGAGCAUCGAGGAGUGCGUUGUCCCACAAUGCCUCAGUUACGCGUUUACAUCUACUGACUGGAGCGAGUGUUCUGCCUCUUGUGGUGAAUCAGUUCGCGCGAGGAUUGUCACAUGUGUGGAACAGAGUAGUGGCGCUGUUGUAUCAGAUGACGUGUGUACCGGGCAAGGACAGACAAAGCCAUCAACUCAGGAAGAUUGUUCUGUUCCACAGUGUGUAGAAUUCACGACCGGAAUCUGGGGACAGUGUUCCACAACGUGCGGCUCGUCGUAUCGCGUGAGAGAUGUCACGUGUGUAGGUGAAGACAACACUGAGGUCGCUCUCGAUCUCUGUUUGACCGCCGGGUUAACUACGCCCUCUACAGUGGAGACAUGUUCUGUGGGCGAUUGUGUUACGUUUUAUACCGGUCCUUGGGGCGACUGCUCGGUUACUUGUGGUUCGGCAUACCGAUUGAGGGACGUCUACUGCAAUGCUGUUGGUUCCAAUGGUCAUGUGACUGACAAUGAGUGCAUUAACGCCGGUCUUAGCAAACCAUCUGUGAUAGAGAUAUGCCUUGACAACCCACCAUGUCUCAACUACACUUACUUAACUACUGAAUGGAGCACAUGCUCGGCAACGUGUGGAAGAUCAGUUCGUAUAAGAACAGUUACUUGUGUAGUACAGAACAGCAGUGUCUCUGUGUCAGACUCGUUCUGCACUGGUAUUGGUCUCGUUCAACCGCCAUCUCAGGAGGAGUGUACAGUACAGGAAUGUUUUGCUUACCAAAUUGGUAACUGGGGGGAUUGUACAGCGACGUGUGGAAUAUCGUACCGCACACGAACAGUUGAAUGCAUCGUUGAGGGAACCGACACACAACUUGCCAAUGCGAUCUGCGUAAACUACGGGCUGCAACCCCCUAGCACCGUGGAGAUGUGCACCGUUACUCAAUGUUACGCGUAUUUCACCGGCACAUGGGGAGAGUGUUCAGCUACAUGUGGUUCUGCCAUUAGAACGAGAGAUGUCUAUUGUACUUCUGAUGGGACGUCAAACGAUGUGGAUAUUAGCAACUGCGUCGAAAUAGGGUUAAACGUUCCAUCAAGUGUUGAGGAUUGCAAUCUACAAUCGUGUGAUGUCUAUGCCUUUGUAACUACUGGCUGGAGCGAGUGUUCUGCUACAUGUGGUACAGCUAUUCGUGUACGAAGUGUAACCUGCGUUGAACAAGGCAGUGGCAGCACUGUGGCGGACACCUUCUGUACAGAGCAAGGUUUAUCCGCUCCACAGUCACAAGAAAACUGUACAGUGCAAGAUUGUGUUCAAUACCUAAUCGGAAGUUGGGGAGAGUGUUCAGCUUCCUGUGGCUUUUCUUACCGUAUUCGUUCUGUUACAUGCGUCAUCGAGGGAACUAGUAACUUGGUUAACGCCAAUCUGUGUUCCAACCCUGACGAGUCAUCACCUGUUACUGUUGAGAUAUGCAACGUACCCACGUGUUACAUCUUCUAUAUUGGUGAAUGGGGACAGUGUUCAGCCACGUGUGGAUCUGCCAUUAAAACAAGAACAGUUUACUGUAUAUCUAGCGACUCUCUGAGUAACCAAGUUGACGACAGUUAUUGUACGGGUACUGGUCUAUCGCUUCCUAUAAACACCGACACCUGUGAUGUACCAGUAUGCUCUGUAUACGCAUUCAUCACCGCUCAAUGGAGUGCAUGUUCCGCUACCUGUGGUUCAUCUGCACGUGUUAGAGACGUCACAUGUGUGAAACAAGGCAGCGGUACUACCGUGGACGACACACUCUGCACGGAACUAGGUUUAUCCGCACCAAAGGCGUACGAAGACUGCACUGUACCGCAAUGUGUGCAGUUUCUCAUCGGUACCUGGGGAGAUUGUUCUGCGUCCUGUGGCCAAUCCUAUCGCGUACGAUCUGUCACGUGCGUCAUUGGGGGAACUGACACAGAAGUGUCUGCAACACUGUGUGCAAAUGCUGGUUUAGUCACUCCUACCACCGUGGAGAUCUGCAGUGUGUCAGAAUGCGUUACAUACUACGUCGGUACCUGGAGCGGGUGUUCUGCCACGUGUGGACCAGCAUCUCGUGCUCGAGAAGUUUACUGCGCAUCGUUCGGAACCAAUGACGAAGUCGACGAUAACAAUUGUGUGAACUCCGCCCUCAUUCGCCCAGCAACGACGGAAGCGUGCAGUGUCCCUGCCUGCGUGGUGUAUGCAUUUGUGACUGGCCAAUGGGGAGAGUGUUCCGCAACGUGUGGUCAGUCCUACCAUAUACGAUCUGUUACGUGUGUCAUCGAAGGAACCGACACAGAAGUAUCUGCUACACUUUGUGUUGACGCAGAUUUAUACAUCCCUUCCACCGUGGAGCUCUGUGACGUACAACACUGCGUUACUUACUACGUUGGUGUCUGGGGCGAGUGCUCUGCCACAUGUGGAACAGCGGCUCGUACCAGGGAUGUUUACUGCACAACUCUUGGAACUGACAACCAAGUUUAUGAUAACAAUUGCGUAAAUGCCGCCCUCAAUCGUCCGCAAAGUAUCGAAGAGUGCAACCUUCCCGUUUGUGUGGGGUAUUCAUUUGUGAUUGGUCAAUGGGGAGAGUGUACAACCACCUGUGGCCAAGGUACUCGCUAUCGUACGAUCACGUGUUUUGAUUCAACCAAUAGUGUAGAAGUACCAGAUGCGUUAUGUUCGUUGUUAACACGUCCUGUUACGUCAGAGCAGUGCGACUCACCAACUUGCUCGUCAUCAUUAUUCGUAUUCAUUACGAGUGAAUAUUGUAAAUGUGACUGCGAUACAAACACUCAGGAGAGAACUGCACGUUGCAUGAUGAGAUAUGGCACAAGUGUAACCAUAGCAAAUGAUACUGAUUGCUAUGGUAACGGUCUCACUAAACCAAUCACCGUACGUUCGUGUCAACCCAUUGGUUGCGUUGGAGUGUGGACAUUAGGAGAAUAUGGACAGUGUUCUGUCAGCUGCGGUUCGGGUAUCAGGACACGUAGCCUAUUUUGUCGUAGAAGCUUGAAUGACGUCACGGUUGUCCCGGAUACCGCGUGUAUGCCUGAAUUGAGACCAGAAACGACUGAAAUGUGCACACUAGCCGACUGUCCCGCGUACUGGUACACGCAUGAUUGGUCACAGUGUACGGUUUCCUGUGGUUGUGGUACGCAGACAAGAGUCAUUGAAUGUCGUACUGACAAGGACAAUCCUGACUCGAGAGUUGACGAGUGGCGUUGCCAUGCCGAUGAAACCCCAACCUCCCAAAAAGAAUGUUACAUGGACGAAUGCCCAGAACGCUAUGGCUGUGGACGCAUCUACGAUACACUGUCCGGUCAAAUGGACUCUCCACUAUAUCCCGAUUCGCAAUAUCCAAGCGAAUUAGACUGUACGACCACUAUUCAGCUGCCGAACAACUCCAGUACCAAGGUCCACGUGGUCGUCAAUAUUUUGAUCUUGGAUCUUGAAAACAGUGACAACUGCACGUUUGAUCACUUAAAGAUCACAGACCGAAUAACUGGUAGUUCUGAGACGUACUGUGGAACUACCGACCAACCAAUACUAUUCAGAUCGUCGGGUCGCACUGUAGAUGUAUAUUUUCACACAGACAGCAGUAUCGAAGGAACGGGAUACGUCCUAACAUGGACAACCGUACCUAAUGAAACCGAUGACCUACCACCACUACAUUUUAGUAACCACACGGACAUCACCGGAGGAAAUCUUGCUGGCUCAAUUGCUUGAUAGUACGAAGAUUAACGCAAAACAAAACAGUUGUUUUACGGUUUUAAACUAAUUUACAGUUCAUGUUUUUUACCUGGCAUUUCUGAAGGUGUAUGUAGUGAAUUAAGGAAUAUCAAUUUUACGGUUAUUUCUUGUUUUUAAGUGUGAUCAAUCAUGACAUUUUAACAAAUAUUAAUUAUCUUCGCCUCUUUUUUACAAAAAAUAUCGAAUUUUGACGCUUUUUUAUAUUUGUUUGUGUUUCUAUAACUAAAUGCGCAUUUUGUGUACUGUUAUGUUGAUGUUUGAAAUAAAUCUGACGGCGUGCUAUGUUCAACGUCUGAACAUAA